AUGCCAGCCCAAUAUCCCCUCCAUCCUCACAUCGUGCUUCUGUUCAACCUCACACAGUUCAGCCCCAUGCUCUACCUCACUGGCUUUCCCGGAUUGGAAACCGUCGAGCACUGGAUCUUCAUCUUCUUUUUCCUUAUGUACCUCAUGGCCAUCUCAGGCAACUGCCUCAUCCUGAUAAUUAUUAAGACCAACCCUCGCUUGCACACACCCAUGUACUACCUACUCUCCUUUCUGGCCUUCACUGACCUGGGUCUGUCAGUGUCCACCUUGCCCACUACUAUGGGACUCUUUUGGUUCAAGUCCCAUGGCAUCUACUUCGGAGCCUGCCAAAUCCAGAUGUUAUGCAUCCACUCCUUUUCCUUCAUGGAGUCCUCGGUGCUCCUUGUCAUGUCCUUUGAUCGGUUUGUGGCCAUCUGCUAUCCCCUGAGGUACUCAGUCAUUAUCACUGGCCAGCGAGUGGUCAGGGCAAGCCUGGUUGUCAUCCUGCGGGGACCCAUAGCCACUGUACCCAUUGUUUUUCUCCUGAAGACUUUUCCUUACUGCGCGUCUAGAGUCCUCUCCCACUCUUUCUGCCUGCACCAGGAGGUGAUACACUUGGCCUGCACAGACACCACCUUCAACAACCUGUACGGGCUGUCAUUGGUGGUCUUUACUGUGAUGCUGGACCUGCUGCUCAUUGCACUGUCCUACGGGGUCAUCCUGCACACGGUGGCAAGACUGGCCUCCAAAGAGGAGCGGCUCCGAGCCUUCCAAACAUGCACCUCACACCUCUGUGCUGUGCUGGUAUUCUUUGUACCCAUGGUGGGGCUGUCCCUGAUACAUCGCUUUGGGAAGCACGCCCCACCUGCUGUCCACCUUCUUAUGGCCAAUGUCUACUCUUUGUGCCUCCCAUGCUUAAUCCAAUCAUAUACAGUAUUAAGACCAAGGAGAUCCGCCAUGCCAUCAGCAAGUUCCUGGGUCUUAGAAAGGCCAGUGCUGAGUCAUGA